AUGGCCCAACAACCCGAAGAGGUGAGCUUGCUGGAUUUGCCAACAACAACAACAACAGGAACCACAACAACAACGACGAGUAACCUUUCGCAUCGUAGUAGUAGCAAAAGCUAUCCAUCCUCUAGAAAAUUGUAUGAAAAAAUUGGAGGAGAGGAUUCAAUCAUUAUGGAAUUUGAUGACACGAGUAGUACUACUGUGAGGAGGCAAGUCAUUCAAAAGCCUUCCGAUGCAUCCAUUAAAAUGUCAUCGGGAUAUGAAACCAUGAGCGAAUUAUACCAACGACUGAGGAAGAGCGAUGCUCUACAUUAUAGUCUUGCUGGAAUUUUCAGUGGGAUAUGCACGUCAACAGCGACACAGCCGCUUGAUACUGUCAAGACCAGAAUUCAAGUGUUUGACAGAAUGAAUUUAACGGUUCCAAGUCAUGGUUCAAGUACGCUACAAUCAACAAGGAGCUUUGUUAAAGCUUUUCAAAACUCUAAAACAUUUGGAAUGCUUGUCAAUAUUUGCCAUACUGAAGGAUGGAAAGCAUUGUAUAGAGGACUCCCUCCAUCACUUCUUGCCUCAUGCAUUUCUCACUCAAUCUUCUUUCCUACUUAUGAGCUAUGUAGAAAUAAUUUUUCAAAACAAUUCGGUGCUGAACCGUGGCAUGUGUCUGUGAUUGUUCCUUCCGUUUUGGCAGCAUGGACAAUAAGUGUAGUUUUAGUUUCACCUAUAUCUCUUGUUAAAGUUAGGCUUCAAACAGCUUCAACGAUUGCAAUGUAUAAUUCCGAAACUGUGCCAACCACCGUUUCACAAGUUGUUCGCAGCAUUUACAAAUCUGAGGGAUUGCGUGGAUUUUAUGCCGGUUUUCGAGGAGUGGCUAUUGGUGCUGCAGUAUAUUGUUUAUAUUUUUCAAUCUAUGAACCCUUGAAGCUGUACUGCAUUGACACACUGCGUUUGCCAUACCUAGUCGUUGUUCCAAUUUUAUCCCCUCUUACAAUGAUUGCCGUUUCAACUUUGACCUACCCAAAUGACCUUAUUAUCAGCAAUCUUCAAUUUCAAGGAAAAAAGCAAGGAGUACAACAUUUCAAUGGGUGGCUGGAUGCAUGUAAAUCCAUUUACAAAACAGGAGGUGUGCGAGCUCUAUAUGCUGGAUUGAGUACUUAUUUAAUGAGAUUUUGUCUAGGAACUAUUGUUACACAAACUGCUUACGAGACAAUUUUAAGAGUCAUGAACAAACGAUAA